UGGAAUUGAUGGACCACGAGCAGAAUAGACAUAAACUAAGCUGAUUUUCCAAACUGUGACUUCCCAACUCCCAACAGUUGUUUCUAAAGCUCUCGGCAGCAGGUCCUCAGCAACUGCCCGCUCCCACUCCUGUUUUUCUUCUUUUUUCUCAAAACAGUGACCCCUCCCUCCAACAUCCAACACAAGGUAACACCCAGCAAGCUUCUCACAUUCCAGUUUUGAGCGCUACGAGCAGUCCAGGUUUAAUAGCGCAUUUAGUUGGUUAGUUCCAUUGUACAGCAUCAGACGAACAGACAGCAACGAUGGACGAUACCUCUCUUUUGGAAUCGUACCGCGUGAUGGAGGAUAACAGCGACGGCACGCAACAGACCGCGUUGGGAGAAUCCGCACGCCAUCUUCGAAGCGCUCCUCCUGUGGAUCGUAGUAGCAGUACUAGCAAGUUGGAUCAACCGCGACGAACAACAAUCCAGUUUCCGCAGGACCCUGCGGCAUUAGCGCAAGUGGUGGAUCACGUGAUUAACCGCGAAGACUUGACGGAAGAAGAUUAUCUCCUGCUGUGGUUCAAUACGGAAGAAUACAACACGUUAAAAGCCGAAGCCCGCCGCGAGUCGUUGGCGUGCGAACGCGAUGGAUCCGCCAAAUUCCUGGACGAAGCCUUUUGCGAAAAGUGCAAACAUCAGCAAGACAAUCUUUCCAAGUGGGUCACCAUGACACCGUGCGCUGAGGAUUCGGAACGACGCGGUCUGGAACGAAUGGCCAGUCAAAGGAUGAGCAAUAUACGACAGCAAGCACAAUUCCAGGCCAUUAUGGAGGUACUCCGCGCACAAGACGAACAGCUCUACAGUAGCAAACGGCAGGUGGCGGAUCCCGAAGAAGUUCGAAAGGUCUCUCAAAAGGCCACUCGCGUGGCACGCCAUUUUGCUCGCAUGUUGGCCAAAGCCGACGCCCAAGCGGUACACGGCAUUCCUGCUACCACUCGUGACGGAGAUGCGGAUACCGUGGCGAGUAGCAGUCAUCCGACAACUCGAAGAAUCAGCAAGUCCAAAUCCAGCAGCAGCAAAUCGCGAUUGUCGGGUGGCUCGGAUACCCUCAGUGUUGCCACCACUGGUAGCAGCGCCAAGAAGAGCAAGGCCAAGAAAAAAGACGACAAGAAGGAAGACAAGAAGAAAGACGACAAGAAAAAGGACGACAAGAAGAAGAAAAAAGAAGACAAGAAAGACGACAAGACCAAGAAAAAGAAGGACGACAAGGAAAAGACCAAGUCGACUUUGAAACAGAAAUUCAAAGAAACCAAGGCCGGUAUCAUUGCACGGAUACCCAGAAUCGCAUAGAGUAAGUGUGUGUACAACGUUGAACGUUGCACACAACCCUUCCUGCUUCCCCACCUUGUUAUUUUGUAUUGGACCAAUACAUACAUAAAUAAUAUAUACAUCAUCUAGUUCCUCCGCACAGUUUUUGUUUCUUUUUUGGAGCAUCCGAAACGAACCAUCAAUAUUCUGUAGC